CACGAGAGUUUUCACUGCUUCUGAUUUUGCUGUCGAUGAUGUAAGUCUUGUAUCAUGUUAACAUAUCAAUACAUUUUUCUCAGUUAAUUCAGCCAGUAAUCAGCCACGCAGAUGUACUCCUUAAUUGUAAAUCUUGUAUAUUUUUAUUGAGUAAACCGACGAUGUUUUCACCUUGACACAGCGCCUCCUGUGCCUACUGAGUGCGUUAUUUGCCCGGACGUCUCCACCAAAAAAACCGUCCCCCAAUACGUCCAAAUCUUUCAGCUGAAUCUCAGGAUGGACUUCUUCACUGAUGACACCAAUGGGAAAAUCGUCGAUUCCGGGUUAAUCGUAAUCCAGACGAGUUCUGUUGAAGAAGAGUCUACCUCCAAGAGCUUGGCGGAUACAUUCUACAUGAACUAUGCGAAAUGGCACGAAGCGAAUAGCAAAGAUUUCACCAUUCCUUACAGAGCUACUCCGGUUGAUUGGUAUUUUCGACGUGAUAUAAUGAGCAAGUCAAAACGGGAAACAGGUUUUUUCCGGUAUACAGUUGGAAAUGAUGGAAAUUGUACUGAAUCUAUUGACACGUUUUGUAAUGGUCCAUUGAAGCCAGCAACGAAAUAUAGUGUAAAGGCAUUUUCCUGCACUCAUGGCGGCUGCACCGAAACGGAGUACACAUCUGGCUAUCAAACUUCUGAAGAGGAAAAGGAUUACAAGACAGUAACCAUUGCUGUCAGCGUCUCAUGUGGCCUGGCGAUAAUCAUUCUCCUCAUCGUUAUUGUUGUGAUCACAGUGCGAUCUAAACGUCAGAAACAGAAGGACACGCGUCGUCGUCAGAGACCUAGGCCUGAAGACUUGAAUAUGGACCCUUACGAGACUAUGAAACCAGCUCCAGUCAAUGCAGAGAGUAAAUACGAGGGUAUGCGAUUUGAUCAACUUGCGAUAUCAACAUUCCGUCUGAGAGUUUCUAAUGAAAAUGUGAACAAAGGUAAACAUAAAGUGCUAAAAGGAACACUUCAGGAGACUGAUGGGCAUCAGAGGAGCGUCGCCAUCAGAAAAAUCACAGGGGCCAAUCCAUUUGAGCGAUGUAAGGCAGAGAUAGAUAUUAUGCGGAAUAUUGGAGCCCAUCCACACGUCGUGUGCUUCCUGGGUUACUCCAUACAAGACGAUAACACCGUUUUCAUGAUCAACGGCUUUGAAGAAAGGAGCGAUUUACAGAGUUUUCUGAGGGAUAAAAGACGAAGUGGAUCAAAUACAGAACUGACAGAAGCUAAUCUCUUGCUCUUUGCUGAAAAUGUGGCCGAGGGUAUGGCGCAUCUAUCACAGCUAGAGACCCUUCAUGGAGACCUACGAGCUGUGAACGUUCUGGUUGGUGGAGACCUGACGGCAAAGAUAUCCGGCUUCCAGCAUGCAAGACCGGUCGGAUUCGAGCCAAAAGACGUGGAUAAGUUCACCUUUCCGCUGUGCAGAUGGGCUUCGGUUGAGACUCUGGAGGGGAAGGUCUACACACAACAAAGUGAAGUGUGGUCAUUUGGUGUAUUGAUGUGGGAAAUCAUGACCUACGGAGCGACACCUUAUGGGAAGAUGAAGUCCAAGGAGAUACGCCGCCUUCUCAGCCAAAACUGUCGUCUGGCCUGCCCUAAAUCCUGCCAAAUUCCAUUAUACAAUGUAAUGUUAGAGUGUUGGAAAGACGACCCUGCUGAACGACCUUCAUUUCAGGAUUUGUCGCGCAGACUGGCCGAUAUGACAGCACACGUACAGCAAUACAUGAACAUUGGAAUAUACGAAAGUCUUGACUUCACCUUUCAAGAAGCGUGGGCAGACAGCAGCUACUAAGGAAUGAAUAUUAAAAUGUUGUCCUGAGGUAUUCGGUUUACCCCUUAUGGGCAAAGCAAUAGAUUUAGAAUGUGAGUGGAAAAACAACAGGUGUUAAUAUAUUUUGUAAAGUUUUAUACAUUUGUGUCUUUCUUGAUGAAAGAUAUGUUGCUUUACAGAGGUAUGUUUUAAUUCAAAAAUGGAUUCACCACUUUAUACAUAUAUAAAUUAUACUGAGUUUUGCGAAAUUUUUGGAGCUAUUUGUAAUGAAUUUUAACUAUUUUUAGUCACUGUACUA